CGGUGGGGAAGUUUGCAGUGCGCUCUCGGACUUUUGGAGAGUUCAGUGUUGUGCGCUCUCUGUGCGUCACACGCUCAAAAUCUCCACUGGAAGCGCACGACUCCCGACUAUUAUACAUGCAAAUACAGCCAAGACUCCAGCUUCUCUUUGAACACAACAGGCUUCGUUUUCCCUACAAGCUUGAAUUCGCUUCUACUUGUGGCUGCAUCUUAGGAGUGAAAUGGAUGUCAUCCCUAUGUGUAGCAUCUUCCAGGAGCUCCAAAUUGUGCACGACACCGGAUACUUUUCAGCUUUACCAUCUCUGGAAGAGUACUGGCAGCAGACAUGCCUCGAGCUGGAGAGGUACCUCCAGAGCGAGCCCUAUGUCUCAGCCACAGACCUCAAAUUUGAGAACCAGGAGGACUUGUGGAGCAAGCUGAUGCUCGCCUGCGGGGACAAGUCAAAUGACCCAGACCCAAAGAUCCCCCACAUUAAGGAGGAGGAAGACAAUCAAGACAACCAGCAUGUCGACGCUGGCGGCUUCAACUCUGACGCCAGCAGCGAGGCUUCAGACAGCUCCGAGGAGCUCUCCCCUACCCUUGACUUCUCCUCCAGCUCUUUGACUGACAUUCUAGGCGACAGUGGCGAAGACCUGGGCUCUGCCAUCAUCAGCACACCGCCAUCCUCACCCGAGCUGAGCAAGGAGGGCUCUGUAGCCCAGGUGUGGAAUGGGAUACAGACUGUGCUGCACUCACCUGGGAAAAUAAGGACUGGGGGAAUGGAGAGGACCCUGGAGAGGUCAGGGCUGACCAGCGGGGAGGCGUCACCUGAUGGGAGGAGGCGGGUGCACAGGUGUCAAUUCAACGGAUGCAGGAAGGUGUACACCAAGAGCUCUCACCUCAAAGCACACCAGCGCACACACACAGGAGAGAAGCCCUACAGGUGUUCAUGGGAGGGCUGCGAGUGGCGCUUUGCACGAAGCGAUGAACUCACCAGACACUUCAGGAAGCACACUGGAGCAAAGCCAUUCAAAUGCAGUCACUGCGACAGGUGUUUCUCCCGUUCUGACCACCUGGCACUGCACAUGAAGAGGCACAUCUAAGAUGGCCUCCUUGUCGAGAGCUCUGUGGGAUGAUUCUGGUUGAUUGUCCCGACCUGUGGGGGAUCAGCGAGGCCGGUGUGUCCUGGGAGCGUUAACAGGAGCACCGCCGUGUUCCAGGCAGUGGAAAAACAUGAAGCAACGCAGGCUAUUAUUUGCACCAUACUUAGUGCCUCCAACACCUCGCUGUGGAGAUUGCUCUUGAAAGGCUUUUACAGAGGAGCGGGAGGGCGGGGAGAGACUUGAAAAAAAUUUAAAAAUGGGAAAAAUCUGGGCUGGAGAAGAUGGGAAGAGACUCUUCUGUAUGGUGUUCGACGCUUUUUUCCUGGAGGAUUACAAGACUCCUGUGGGGGUGCCGGUCCUCCAAUGACAGUGUGUUUGCCUGUGUGCAUGGGGACUGUGAGUGCCUGUGACUGGGUGCCUGUGCUGGCUUUAUGGAGCAGAUGGAGCUUGCAUUGUGGAACGCGAAUGAAUGAAUGACGUGGAGGGGAUGUUGUUAUGUGAGGGAGGUUUUUGGGGGGGAUAUUUGUUGUCUCUCUGAGAAUGAAUGCAAGCAAAAAAAGUUCUGUCUGUGCUGUUUGAGUCUAUUGGCUGUGGAGUGGAGUGGGGGGGGGGGUUGUUUUGUGGAGCUGAUUUUCUAGAGAGCGCCCCCUUUGUGCCCGGAGGUGGAACUACAGCUCCCUAUUCAAAAGUGGGAGGUCGUUUUGUUUAGUGCAGCUAUUAAAUGUGCAAUGUAUUACGUAGCCUGUCUCAAACCAUACACGCUAUAAAGCUCAUUUUGUUGUCCAUUGUGUAAGCUCUGUAUCUUAAAAGAAAAAAAAAAAACAACGGUUGUACACAAACAGUUAUCGCCAUUAUAACAGAAGUUGCAUGGGAUCUGGGGAUGUGUUGCUCACCUGUUUGCUUAUAGGACAACAAAAUUCCAUUCAAGAGCAGCUACCUUCAUAUUAUGCUAUCAUAGUAUUGUAAAAAAAACACACAUAAGGCAGUCAUUUUUUUAUUGAUAAGUUGGGGAUACCACUAUUGCUUGGCAACUGUCUUGACUAUGGGAUUUUUGUUCUUUUUUCUUCACUUUUGCUCUUCUCUUUUUUUCUAUCUGUAAAUGCACUGUUGACCUUACUGAUGCCUUAUGUAAGUGGCCUUGUCCUGUUAAAUAGAUCACUCUCUCUCACACACACACACACACCAAGCGGGGGGUUGCGAAUGCAGUAGUGCGUUAUUGAAUAGCUUUAUAAAGGCUCUGAUCCAUACAGUCACACCUUUGCCCUUUUUGUCUCGAGACAGACUCCUCUAAACUCCCAAAUAAUAGAAAAAAUAACUAUAUAUCAGCUUCAUAAUGACUGCCAUUUCUACAUUUCUGUGCAUUCUUUGUUGAAUAUAUCAAAACUAUAUCAGAAAUAAGUCAUAUUCUCCAAAAUUACCCAGACGUGAGACAGAAUUGUGGAGCACUUGGAAAAGCAAUUCAGUUUUGCAAUGGUUUACUACUAUGUAGUAUAAGAUGGUGCAGAUGCACGUACGUCAAGUGGGCUGUAACUUGCUGUUAAAGGUACAGAGUUUUGGAAACAUGUUCUCAUGAAAUGUGGCAUGCUCUGCCAGCAAGGUUCUGUCAAAUUAAGAUCAAAUCAAUUUAUAUCAGCUGAUGUGUCAAAGGCUUAGUCUUAAAAGACAAGGUGUCCUUUAGAGUAAUGACAACAUUCUCAAUCAUGAGUCUGUUUUGAUGUUGUAUGUUUUGUUAAGUCUCACCCUCAGGCUGAGUCUUAUCUUUACUCAGUCUUGGUUUAAACAACCCAUGAUCAGACUAAACGGUACCAAAACCAGUCUAACCAGUUCAGCUGAGCUGUGUUCAGGUCUAGAGGUUUCUGUCUUUUUCUACCGAUGAACUGAGAAGAGACUAGGACCAUAGUUUUGUCUGUACCAUUUUCACUAUAUGCAUGUUUUAGCUUCAGUUACAUGACUUCAGCACACUCCUCUGUGGGUUGAUAUAACUCUCUGAUCUCUCAUUUAUUAAAAUCCCUUCAGUUCACAAUUGGACAAACUCUAGCACCAUUUUCCUCUCUCUAGAAAACCAUUUUAAAGCCACAAUGUCAAUGUUUUGUCAAAAAGUAAGACAUAUGGAAGUGUUGAAAAAGAACGUGUCUGCUUAAAGAGUGUGAGUGAUUUUAAGUGGUCAUAGAACUCUGUGUCUGUCACUCAGUAGUUAACAUCACAGGUAGCCUUGUUAAAAGUCAACAACUGUACAGGUGAACCUUAAAGAACAUUAAAGGCCAAUGUUUCUUUUUACACUGAGAAAUGUCAAAAAUGCAAAGAUUAUGUACAUUGUAAACUAAGAGAAUUUUGUAUGGAAGCUUCUAUUUUGAAAGGAUAUGGGACCAAAAACAAGUGCAGUGUGUUGUUUCUACAUAUGAACCAAUAAAGACAAGAGGCUGAAGAAUUACUGUAAAAUAGACACACUCCAUUCUCCUUCAUUUGCUUCUGUAACAUCUUUGUUUUUGAUUUGACUGGAGAAAGGUAGAGCAAAUGUACAUUUUAAAAAGGCAUCAAUAGCACCUAUACCUGUGGCCUAUCAUCUUUCAAGAGGAAAAAAACAACAACAAAAAAAACAAAACAAAAAAAAACAACAAAAAAAAAAACUUUUCAGACGUGAAUUGUUCUGGACACUUGAAUUGUUCUAAUUUGCAUUCUGGUGCCCGCUAAGUAUUAUGUUUUUUUGUUAGUUUGUUUGUUUGUUUUGUUUUUAAAUUUGCCAUGUGAUCCUUCUGAACUUUUCAAAGACCUGCAAAGAUGCCCUAUCUUUAGCUAGAGAAUCUUUAUUGGAUAAACAUGGAGAUAAAAUAUGAGGCUCUAUUUUUGUUUGUUUUAUGUUAUAACAAGAUUUUUUCAUUUGAAAUUGUUUUGUAAAAUAGUUUCUGUAUGAAUGUAUUUUUUAUUGGAAAAUCGAUAAAAAGAAUUUAUUGAAUCUACAA